AUGUCCGCUAGACUACGCCGUCCUCAGCCGGACAGGAGCCGCAUCAUCAGCUCCAUGGGACUUCCACCUCGUGAACCCGUCCCUGAACCCACUAGUCCCACUUUCCAGCAGACCUUCCCACGCUCGCGUAGGGACAGCGAGGUCUCUGCUCGCAGACCAAGCGAACGAUCCUUCAACACCAGACGUGCUCCAGCCGACGCAGAUGUCUACAGCGAUGCCCCCCGACACGAUCGAUCUUCUCGUCAGUACGACGCCGACCCACGCCAGGACUCGCGUCGUAGGAUCGAGAGCCUUCCAGCUUCUCGAUCCCGCGCAAGCAGCUAUCGCAGACCCGCACUGCCUGAAUUUGACGAUGAUCGUGACCGCCGAGAUCUCGACGACCUCGACGAAGAGGACUCCGAGGACGAUGCACGCUCAAAUGGCCAACGAAACUUCAGGUCUUCUCGUCGCGGUGAGGUCAUGCGCGCCGAACCUCGCUCUGAGCGUGGCGGCGCCUCUCCGGUCAACGGCCAUCGCCGUCAGGAGAGCGAUCCCUACCGACAACCUGAACCCUAUGAAGAAUACUCGAACGCCGCCUACGCAAGGCGUCCCGCACCUCGUUCCGUCUCCCACGGCGAUCUAGGAGGAGACUCCCGCCGCAAACCUAGCAACAGACAGUCCGCCAAGCCAAGCUCGUAUGACACACCUCAAGCUCGCCGCGACGACGUGCCCGUGUACUCUCAGCGCGACCUCGGCCGUUCCGCUUCCAAGUCCCAGUCCUCCACUGGACGCAGCGGCGGCGUUCUCAACCGCGUCCUCAGUCGAGCCUCAGGAGGCAGCAGCCGUGACAGGGCAGACGCAUCUGCGCCUCGUAUGCAGAGAUCGUCGUCUCGCCUGAACCGAUACAACCACCUCCAAACCGCAAGCCGACGAGAUGAUGAUGAAAUCGAACUCGCGCGCAUCGAGGAGGAUGAGAUGCUCCUCGCCAUCCAAAGGCGCCGCAGUGCUGCCAACCAGGCGACCAAGGGCUACAAUGAAUCCGACCCGCGCUGGUACAGAGACGAUCGUGGCUCACGUACUUCCGCCUCGCAGCCACCGAGUCGCACCAAGAGUGUCGGGCUUGAGCGCAGCGAAAGUGCAGUCAGAAGGAGCAUGGAUCGCGAACGUCAACGCACUUUGGAUGCGCUUGAGCGGACUGACCGCCAACUUCCCACGGUGUCUCGCACCGAUGCCGUUGUGCGUUCACGAACCAACGCCAGGCCAUCUUCGCAGGCGCAUCGCCAGCCACGCUCCAAGGACGAUGCUCGUCGUCGGUCUGGCGCUGCACCGCAGAAAGCUACCCGCGAGGCUGCUCUGGCUGCCGUCACCGGUGUGUCUGCAGGUGCCGUUGCCGCCAACGCGAUUAAGAGGCAAGAUCGCAACCGUAAAUCGGUUCAACGUGAUGAAGAAGUGGAGAGCGAUAGCGACAGCGACGAUUCUGAUCUGCUCGAAGACGCACCCGAGCCUGCAGAUGUGCAUGACGACGAUGCCAUUCCUAUCAUCGUGGCCAAUUCUGCCAAGCCUGCCCAGGCCGGAGAGGCAGCACCUGUUGCUUCCACCUCCUCGGCUGCUCGAAAGGUGGCAGAGACUACAAGCGAUGACGAGGAAGACUCUGACGACGACAACGCCUCUGACGAUGAAAGCACCGAGCAGACCUCAGAAGGUCUUGAAUCUGCUUCCAAGCCUGCGCCCGCCAUCGCGCAAGCUGCCGUCGCUCCUGCCACUGCCGCUGCCACGAACACCAACGGUCGCGCUGCACAAAAAAGCUUCCUGAGCUUCGGCCGCAAGGCCACCGCUGCUGCACCACCUACAGCAGCCCCAGGUGCUGAGGCCCGAGUCCAAACCGAAUCGGUUGCAUCCGAGGACAGUGAAGAUGACGACGACCAUGAGACGGAAGAGGAAGUAAUCGAUGCAACACCUACGCGAACACCGUCACGAGCAACCCCUGCUGCAGCCAUCGCUGCUCUCGCUGGCGGGGCCACCGUCGGCGCUGGCGCGCUGGCAGCGAAGCGCAGCGCCCAAGCCGAAAAGGAACAACGCAGAGCUGCUAAAAUGCAAGCUGAACAAGAGAAAAAGGCUAGCGACGCUCAGGCGCGAGCUGCCAAAGCGGAUCGUUCUGCUGAGAAACGCAGAGCCAAACAAGAAGCCGCUGCCGCUGCCGCUGCCGCUGCUCUGGCCGCCAAGGAGGCUAAGCGCAGCGAGAAGACCAAGAUGAGAGAGGCUAAGCGGGCGGAAUUGGAGCGCAAACGAGAGCAAGAGUCCCAGGCUCGCGACCGUGCCAUCCGCGAUAAAGAAGAAGCCGAGGAACGUCGUCUGCUCGCUGUGCGGGACCAGGAACGCGAGCGCGAAGCAAAGGCCGAAGCUCGACGAGCCAGUCGACGUCCUGCCAAGGGAGGUGCCAAACUGCGCAGCACAGGCAUACAGCCUCUUACGCCUCAACAGCGUCACUACCUGCUCAAGGCGCUCGUGAUGCUGCAGAUGCAGAGCGAAUGGAGGGAGCUUGAGAAGCUCGGCGCUCUCACCGAGUAUGGAUAUCCCUUCUCGAGCCAUCGCUCCAAGCUGACCCGCGUAAAGACGUUCGAGCGCGGUGAAGAUGCCGGCGAGUACGCAGGUGCUGCUCGCGAUCCUUACGCCAACGACGAGGCCAUGCGAGAGGGCGAAGAUCUGCAAGAACCGCUUCUGCUUCGUCACCUCUUCCAUGUGCAUCUGCGCUCCUUCCCAGGUCUGGACGAAGCGCCUGAAAAGUACUGGCAGAAACGCAUCCAGCCCUUCUUCGACGAGAUGGCUGCGCGCAACUUUUCCACCUUGCUCGAACGAGGCGAGGUUUCCAAGCGCCACCUGUACUCUCUCGCCGUCACACGCUACCUCGGCGGCUUUGCCGCCCGUGGUUUCGGCGUACGUGGCCAAGGCGAGACGCGUGGUCCUGGCCUCGGUGAGCCCGGCUCUGAGAAAUGGGGGGUCGGCAAGAAGUGGGGCAAGGGCACCGUCAAGCGCGGCCUCGAUCGUCCCGCACGCAUCGAUCCGGACCUGAUGGAGCAGAUCGACAACCUCUUUGAGGGCGAAGGCGGUCGUCUGUGGCGCGCCGCGGGCAAAGAGUGGGCCCAGGUGCGUCGCGAUUGGUGCGCGUUCAAGGAGAGCAUCAUCGAGAGCGAGACCGGUCUCGAAGAAGUCAUCUCGUACCUCGACAUUGGCAACGUCAAGAACCUGCCGACUCAGUAUCGGAACUCGGUCGAGUAUACCCGCAUCAGUGUGGCUUACGUUUUCCACGCUCUGUUUGUCACAGCUCCCAAUGCCGAUGACCUGUUCAAGAUGGUCAAGGGCAUUCAUGCGCUGGCUCCGUACUGGGGAGCGAAGCAGCUGCUCAAGUAUGCCAAUGCCGAGACCAUGAUCUCGGGCAUUCUCUCGCUGCUGCUGGCCAGGCCGGGCGGUGCCAAGUCGCUGAUCCAGCGCGUGUUCUCCUACGUCAUCGGCAAGGAAGCCGCGUACAUCCAAAAGGAGUUUGUGGUUCCGUUGCGCAAGGAGAUCGGCGAUCCCGAGCUGACCAAGAAGAUCGAGGACUACGUGCGUCGCGGUGAUCGAGUCGAGUCUCUACACAUGCAACGCGAGGCCAGGAAGCGUGGCGAGGAUGUGCUGACCACCAUUCUCCUGUCGGCGGACGGCAAGCUGAGUAAAGAGGCCGAAGCGCACGUGCUCGAGCUGCAACGCUGCUUUGCCCUCUCUCCGUACCGGGGCAAUCUGAACCUCGCCUAUCCCGAGACCACGCCGGCGGGCGCCGAUCAGCCGCCCGUGCCGUCGUGGGGUGCACAGGGAGCCGAGCACACGCGAGCACGUAAAUUCGCUCUACUCAAGUUGCUGCUCCGCGAGUGUCUCAAGCGCCGCGACAGAGAGCAGGCGGUCGAGGUUGCAAGCGGCAGUCUGAUCCCGGCUAUCAUCAAGGACUCGCUCGAGACUGUCUUUUACCCUGCCAUCCGCACGAUUGCCAAGAACGCCAACCUCAGCGAGCGUCUGGGCGAUCUGCAAAAAUUUAUCGAUGAUAUGCUCGAAGUCAAGAAGAGCGGUGACAACAGCAUCGAGGCUUGGAUCGCACUGGCCGCACGUCACGAGCAGUCGAUCUACGUGCUAUUCCACGAGUGCGCUCCGAUUUCGCAACGCCUCUGGGAUUGGUGUCAGCUGGGACUCGACUACAUGGCACUCUCUACGACGGAUCCCGCGCAUCCAGCCGACCGCCGCGCGCCCAACUUGGAGAUCGACUUUGAAGCGUUCCUGCAGGACGCGCGUCUAAACGAUUCGGAUGUCAAAAAGAUCCUGGCGGAAGCCGAUAAGCUGGCUAAAUACACCAAGUGGAGUAAGGUGCGAUUCGAACUUGAGUCGCGCAAGAACUAUCUGUUGGGCAAACCCGAGGCCGGUCACCCUGGUGGCGUGUCGGAGCAGGACAUCACCGACGAGAGGCUGCGUCGAGAGGUUGCGGACAUCGACGCGAUGAUGCAAGACCUGAUGGCCGAUGCUGGCGAGCAGAUAGACGACGGUAGCUGCGAAGACGGUGUGCGCGGCACCGAAAAGUACGACUUCCCCUGGGCAUUCUACGACGAGAUCGACCCGCUCAACCAGCAUCUGGCUGCCGAAAGGGAGACUGGCCCAUUGCGCGUGCCCAAGGUGCCCGUGGGCUACGCUCCACCGAGCCUCAAGCACAUCCGCCGACUUCAGCCGCUGUUCGCCGAGCUACUGGCUUCCAAGUUGCCCGAAUGGCAGACGGAGGACGUGCUGGGUCAGCUGCACAGCGACAUGCGCGGCAGCGGCAGCAGGGGCAACAAGCUCAGCCUGCGAUCGAGGAAGCCCAAGACUACGUUCAGUGAGUCGGCAAGUGUCGGCGGUGGGUCGAGCGCAUAUCCAAAUGAGAACAGGAGCAUUCUGAGCAACGCCACGGCACGGUUCCCGCGUCUCAGGGUGCCUAGCCUGUUUGGUCGCAAGUGA